AUGUGGAUCUUUCACAUCAAAUCAGAAGAGCGAUCAUCGAUAUCAAGUCAGAUGCCAAAAAACUACAGAGAAUGUACAACAAAAAGCAAGAGAAAUACAAUACGUGGAGGUGACUCAAACAAGUUCAUCCCGAUGGAAACUACAUCAUCGGGAAUCAAAGAGCUGCCUGAUAUCGAUAACGAAAAGUUUAGAGAAUUGAGAGUAAAUGAUGCUGAAAUUGAUAAAGGAUUGGAUAUUCUAUCAGGUCAUAUUGCAGAGGCUGGAGAGAUUGCAAAGAAGAUGGGUAUUGUUGCAAAAGAACAAGGUCAAAUCGCGGAUGGUCUCAUCAUUAGAACAGACAAUCUCAAUGAUAAAUUGGAAACAAUCAAUAAUAGACUUGCUAAAAUGAUCAAAGAUGUGCGUAAAGCCGAUAGAUUCAUUAUUGAUAAUACUCGUGUAAUUGAUCUAUGUCGUUAUAAAUAA